AUGGAUGUGACUGUCAAGGAUACUGAAGCUCAGGACAAUGGAGAUGUCAUUGUAAAGGUUAUGUCAAAAAAUCGCUUAAAUGAUGAGAACAUUAAAAAGUUACAAAUGGUUAGCAAAUAUAUUUCCCUACAAUCUUCGAAUAAUCUGAACGGAACAAUACGUCUUCACCUUUCGCAAGCAACUGUGGGAGAUGGAGUAACUGUUCCAUGGUUUCCUCGACAAAUUUCUGAACUCGAUGUAAUCUCAAACAAUGUCUUCAUGUAUGGAAAAGACUUGGAUGCAAACCACCCAAGUUUCAAGGAUGAGGCAUAUCGAAAGAGGCGUAUGGAAUUUGCGAGCAUUGCCCAUAACUAUAAGUGUGGAGAUCCGAUACCCAGAGUGGAAUAUUCGGAGAAAGAAAAGAAAACUUGGGGUAUAGUCUAUCGCGAAUUGCUGAAAGUGUAUAAGACGCAUGCUUGCCGUGAAUGUCAGGAGAAUUUACCACUUCUGCAAAAAUAUGCUGGCUAUUGUGAGCACGAUUUGCCACAAUUAGAGACGGUUUCAAACUUUCUGAAAAGUAAGUCGGAAGCGAAUUCCCUAAUGCAUAUGCUUUCACUUACUCUUUGGAAAUUUCAUCUUUUGACAGAACGAUCGGGCUUCACGUUACGCCCAGUGGCAGGAUAUAUAUCAGCCCGGGAAUUUCUUCAAGGGCUUGCAUAUCGUGUGUUCUAUUGCACGCAGUACGUUCGUCAUGAAGCAGAACCAUUCUACACAGUGGAACCAGAUUGCAUUCAUGAGUUAAUGGGACACGUACCCCUGCUGGCAAACCCAGAAUUCGCGCAAUACUCUCAGGAACUGGGUCUUGCGUCCUUGGGUGCUGGAGAAGAGGACGUUCAAAAGCUGGCUAAACUCUACUUCUUCUCAGCUGAAUUCGGGAUCUGCAAACAAGAUGGGCAACUGAGGGCGUUUGGAGCAGGAUUGCUUUCUUCAGUAUCUGAGUUGAAACAUGCUCUGAGCGAUGAAGCAAUCAGGAAGCCCUUUAUCCCUGAGGAUGUCGUGGAGGAAGAAUGCAUGGUAACCACUUAUCAAAAAGCCUACUUUACAACGGGCACUUUCAAAGAAGCUGAAGACAUUGUGAGACACUUUGUUUUGGGGUUCGAGAGACCAUUUGCAAUUAGAUAUAACCCUCUCACUGAGUCAGUUGAAAUUCUGGAUAACCUCAAAAAAGUUGGAGUCGCGUUGGAAGACAUCAAAGCCCAGAUAUCGGCUCUUGAUGAUGCAAUCUAUCAGGUAACUAAUAUUACUUUAAUUCACUAUUCUAAUAUUGAAGGGUUCAAGAAUUAUGACUUUUCCUUAACUGCGCAAAGGAACCCAAAUUAG